GUGCACUCUCUAUGGGGAUCACAUGGCUGUAAAUCUUCAGUGAGCUCAGCAGGAAACGAGGAGUGAGAUGACGACUACAUCAGCUCAAAACUGAAACUGUUGCUGCAUUUGAACCUUUCUUCGAUCAGAGGAUGAACGCAGAACAAAAGGACUGAUUGAUCACAUGACAAACUGAGGACACAGACAUGGCUUCUGUCCCAGAGCUUCUCUUGGACAUUCUGGAGGAGCUGGUUGAUAAAGAGUUGAGGACUUUCCAGUGGUUCCUUUAUAGUAAUAUUCUCAAAGGAUUCCCUUAUAUUCAAAAGUCUCGGGUCGAUGGGGUAGACAGGCCUGGCACUGUGGAUCUUUUGGUGCAGACAUAUGGCUACGACGGUGCUGUUAAAGUUACAGUGGAUGUACUGAUGAGGAUGAAACUCAAACUGUGGGCUGAAACACUUAUGAAGAAGUACGAUGCAGUUCCAUGCAAUCAAGUAGGCAAAGAAGUCGACCACCAUGCAAUCAGAGAAAAACUGAAAUCCACCCUAAGGGAAAAGUACCAAAACAUUUACGAGGGGAAUGCUGAUGAAGGAGACACUGUCUACCUGAACAAAAUCUACACCGAGCUGCACGUGAUCGAAGGAGCCUGGGGAGGCUUCAGCGAGGAGCAUGAGGUCAGACAGCAGAAGUCCAACCAAGUGACAACGGAAGAAACCUCCAUUAAAGCUAGUGACAUUUUCAAACCCAAGCCCAACCAAGAGAAGCGAAUUAGAACUGUGCUUACGCAGGGUAUACCUGGAGUGGGUAAAACUGUCUGUGUACAGAAGUUUACCCUGAGUUGGGCAGAAGGAGAGGAAAAUCAAGAUGUCACCUUCCUUUUCCCGCUUCCUUUCCGUGAACUGAACCCCAACAUUGGAGAGGACUACAGUCUGAUGCAGCUGCUCCAUCAGUUCUUCCCUGAGAUGAAACCUCUUGAGACACUGGGAACUGAAUACAAAGUCCUCUUCAUCUUUGACGGCUUGGACGAGACUCUCCUCCCCUUGAACUUUAAGCACAACAAGGUCUUGAGAGAUGAGACAGAGCCGGCCUCGCUAGAUGUGGUGAUCACCAACCUCAUCACGGGAGAUCUGCUUGGCAAGGCUCUCAUCUGGAUCACGUCAAGACCUGCCGCAAUUAGUCGGGUCCCUCGAAAGCACAUCCAGCUGUGGACGGAGGUGAAGGGCUUCGCUAUCGAACAGAGGGAGGAAUACUUCAAGAGGCGUUUGCGUGAUGAUAACCUUGCCACCAGAAUCAUCAACCAUGUGAAGUCAUCAAGAAGCCUCUACAUCAUGUGUCAGAUACCAGUUUUCUGCUGGAUCACAGUCACUGUAAUGAAGAAAAUGUUGCGCGACAAUGUGACAGGAGGCAUGCCCAACACCCUGACCGAGAUGUACGCAUAUCUUCUUCUCUGCCAGACAGACCGGAUGAUAGAAGGGCACUACCCGAUGGAAAGCGACAACGUUGUUUUGAAGCUAGCAGAGCUGGCAUUCCGUCAACUGGAGAAGGGCAAACUGAUUUUCUACGAGGCUGACUUGAAAGAAUGCGGCAUGGAUGUCAAAGAGGCAACAAUCUACUCAGGAGUUUGUACAGAGGUCUUCGUGAAGGAAGGCAGGAGGAGGAGAGAAGUGUUUAGCUUUGUACAUUUAACCAUCCAGGAGUUUUUGGCAGCUGUGUACGCCCAUCACUCCUACAUGCAAAGAAAGGAAAAUGUUCUUCUUGGAUACCUUAAAAGGAUGUCUACGAGGUGGCUCCCCAAGUCUGUGUUCAGUUUUCACAAAACUGCCGUCGAAAAAGCCUUGGAAAGUCCAGACGGCCACUGGGACCUCUUCCUUCGGUUUCUCCUGGGACUGUCGCUGAAGUCAAACCAAGAGCUUCUGGGUAGAAUACUGAAUCUAGAAACAGAAGGAGAGGAGGAUGUGGCUAGAACCAUCCAGUUUAUCAAGGAGAAGAUCAAAGAGGAACCAGAGGCCAAGCUCAACCUGUUCCACUGCCUGAGUGAGCUCAAAGAGGAGUCUUUGGUGCAGGAGGUCCAGAGCUUUGUUAGUUCCGGGAGGCUUGCAGCCAAAAAGCUGUCACCGGUCCAGUGGUCCGCUCUAACCUUUGAACUGAUGACAUCAGAGGCAACGGAGAAGGAGUUCGACUUGAAAAAGUACAACAGAUCAGAUGAAGGGGUAGUGAAGCUGCUGACUGUCAUUACUUCCUCCACACGUGCUCUGCUAAAUCGCUGCAACCUCACUGAGGUUGGCUGUGAAGUUUUGGCCUCCGUGUUGAGCUCUUCCUCCUCUCACCUGACAGAGCUGGACCUGAGUGACAACAACCUGAGGGAUUCAGGGGUGAAGCUGCUUUCUGGUGGAUUAGGGAGUCCAAAUUGUAAACUGAAGAAUUUAAGAUUACAUAAGUGUAAACUGGAAGGAGACUGCUGUGAAGGACUGGCUAUUGCUCUCAGCACAGAGUCUACCCGACUCAGAGAACUGGACCUGAGUGCUAAUCACUUCCACAAAGCAGGAGUGAAGGCUCUGUGUGUGGGUAUGCGCAGCCACCUCUGCAAACUAGAAACAGUGAGGUUGAAUCAGUGCAAGCUAAAAGAGAAUUGCUGUGCAGAUUUGGCUACAGUUUUGAGUUCAGGCACAUCUCACCUGAAAACCUUAGAUCUGAGCAACAACAGCCUAAAGGAUUCUGGUGUAUCUCUGCUUACUUCUGGACUGAGGAAUCCACACUGUACACUGGAAACACUAAGGCUCAGCUGGUGCGGCCUUACACAGAAAUGCUGCAAUGACAUUGGCUCAGCUCUCAGCUAUGACUCCUCCCACCUUAGAGAGCUGGACCUGAGUGGAAACAACCUGCAGGGUCCAGACAUCCAGCAGCUGUGUGUUGGACUGAGAAGUCCAAACUGUAAACUGGACACAUUAAGGUUAAACGAGUGCAAUCUCCAGAAAUGCUGUGCUGAUGUGGCCUUGGUCCUCAGCUCUGACACCUCUCACCUGAUGGAGCUCGAUCUGAGUGGAAACGACCUGCAGGAUUCAGAAGUGAAGCUCCUCUCUGUGGGACUGGCAAGUCCGGGCUGUAAACUGGAGACGUUACGACUGUCCUUCUGCGGAGUCACAAAGAAAGGCUGCAUUUAUUUGGCUUCAGCACUGAGCUCCAACCCUUCUCAUCUGAGGCAGCUGGACCUCAGCUACAACUACCUGCAGGACUCUGGAGUGAAGCUGGUCUCUGUUCAUUUGAACGACCCGCUCUGUAAACUGGAAACAUUACGUGUGGACUAUAAUGCAGAGUGCUACUUGAAAUCAACACUGAAAAACUAUGCAUGUACGCUGACUUUGGACACAAACACAGUUGCCAAGUCUCUCUUUCUGCACGAUAGUGGAAAGCAGGUGACGUGGGUCAGGGAGACACAGCAGUACCCAGAUCACCCCGGCAGGUUUGAGAGUGUCUCCCAGGUGCUGUGUCGCGAAGGCCUCACCCGACGCCACUACUGGGAGGUGGAGUGGCGAGGACGCUGGGUGGACGUUGCUGUGGUGAUGAGGGGGAUCCGUCGGAGGGCUGGCUCUCACCUGUGGUUUGGAUACACAGAUCAGUCCUGGAGUCUGUUCUGCUCUGAGGAUCACUACAGCGCUCAGCAUGACAACCAGCCUGUAGAAAUACCAGUCCCCCCGUCUCGCUCCCACAGGGUUGGAGUGUAUCUGGACUGGCCUGGUGGCUCCCUGUCCUUCUACAGUGUCUCCUCUGGGACUCUCAGUCACCUUCACACGUUCCACGGCUCCUUUACUGAGCCUCUCUACCCCGGGUUUGGGAUGGAGGAGGAUGACUGCUCUGUCACUAUUUGCACAGAGUGUUUGCCAACAUUAAUUUCUCGGUCAGCUAGUGCAGAAAGAAUUGAGGAAUUUUGAGAUGUUCACUUAUGCUGUCUAAAUGGAUUUCAAACCUACAAGAAAAAACAUAUGUAUGAAAACAUGGACAUUGUAAAAAAAAAAAGGAUAAUGCAAAUUUGCUAGCAUUUAUAAUGAAAAGGUCUGUUUCACUAAAUAAGCUGUUAUGUUGUGACAAAUAAAUGUACCUACCUAAAAAGGUUUCUACAAUCCAACCUGCAACUGCACCACAGGACAACACUGAUCCAUACUUUUUUAAAGUCAAAUGCUGCCAGUGAGUAAGGGCAAAUAUCAGUCUACAUUCAUGCUAGCAGCUCUCUGAGGUUGCACUUCUGUAAAGCUGCACUUUGAGUUCAAUGCUAACGUCAGCAAGCUAACAUGUUCAAAAUGACAAUGCUAACAUGCUGAUGUUUAGCUAAUAUGUUUACCCUGUUCACCAUUUAGUUAAGCGUGUUAGCAUGCAAACAUUUGCUAUUUGACUCUAUAUGAAUAGCAAAAUAAUAGAAUUGUGAAUUUUUGCUGAAACUGUCCAACCUAUGUAUUUUGCAGUUGUCACAAUCAGACCUGAAGGACAAUAAAUAUGACCACAGUGUUU